AUGCAAGCGGCCGAACCUGCGCAGUUCCGGAGGGCGAGCUUGGAAGCACUGAGCUGCAAAUCCGUCCGGAGAGUCUUCUACGGGAUGUUCAGGCAGCCACCUUAUUCCCGCCCGACUGGGAAAACGAAAGCCGACAUCCAGGAGUACCUUCUGCGUGAAUACGCUGCCCUCGGCCGGCCAUGUGCUGGGAAGACCGUGGCAGAGGUGCUUGAGCAGACGGAAGUUCUCCUGUCCGCGUCAUUGGAAUUUUCCGUUCAUGAAACGGAGGAUGGAAAGCAGUACAUCACUUGCGACAACCAGAGCAGCUGGUUGCCCGCAGGCAAGAGCAGGUUUCAGACAACCGUCUUCAGGGAUUCCCAGAAGAUUCCGUACAUCACCAAUGGGACCGAAUCCUUCUACUGUGUCAAGUUUUUCAGUGCCCCUGCUUCUAGCACCGCACUGGUUCCUGAAGGCACCAACCCCAUCCCCUUGCCAAGCUCGGCUUCCAAUGCAGGGUCAGCCCCAGUACCAGGAAUGGCCCCGGCCAAGAGCAGUGACCCGGUAGAGAUUCCUCCACCUGAGUCUUCCAGCUCUGACAGCGACAGCGAGGGCGAGGUGGCUGGCUAUGUCCUGAAGCAGAUCGCUGGAACUCCGAAUUUUCAAGUCGUGAACAAGGGGUCGGGUGAGAUUGCGCCGCUGCGGGAAGGCAUUCAGGAUUGGACAUUGGAGGUGUGCAAGAAGGGGAAGCACAAGGACGAGGUGUUCGCGGGCAGUCCAUCAACUCCCAAGGCAACGUGCUGGCUGAGCAAGCUGACUUGGGCACGGCCGCAGCCCCCACCGGUGCAGGCAUUGCAGGAUGAUAGUCAGUCCAUGGAAGAGUGGAGGAAGUCUAUGCAGGCACAGAUGGCCCGUGAAUCAGCCGAAGCUCUGGAAAGGUUCCGUCGGGAACAGACGGCACUGAUCCAGCAGGAGAGAGCUGAGCGCGAGAAGCAGGCCGAUGCUUCCAAGAUCGAGCAAGACAAGAAGGAUGAGGCCGAGAGGCUUCGCAUCGAGCAGGACAAGAAGAACGAGAUGGAGAGGCUUCGGAAGGAAGCCGCUGAGAAGCUCGAGCAAGACAAGAAGGAUGAGAUGGAGAGGCUUCGUGCGGAAACGGCCGAGAAGCUCGAGCUGGAGAAGCUUCGUGUGGCAGCGGCCGAGAAGAAGCUCGAGCAGGACAAGAAGGACGAGAUGGAGAGGCUUCGUGCGGAAACGGCCGAGAAGCUCGAGCAGGACAAGAAGGACGAGACCGAGAGGCUUCGUGUGGCAGCGGCCGAGAAGCUCGAGCAGGACAAGAAGGAUGCGACUGCUGUGGCAGCGGCCGGGAAGCGGAAGGACGUGGAUGCGGCGAAGCCAGAAGAGCCCAAGAAGGACAACAAGCGCAAGAAGCCCGUUAUGCCGCCCUGA